AUGACGUCGGUUCGAGGGGACCGAUCGUCCUACCAUGAGCGCGACGAUCGUGAUCAGGACAGCCACCGCAGGACCUAUACCACCGUCAGGCGUUACCAGAUACCUGACUCAAACUCCUCCGCGCGCAGUAUCGUGCGCGACGAUGUAGAAGAAUCCAAGAAGAAGAUCGUUAUCCGACGGGAGCGCAAGGAAAGCUCGCCGGACCGAGAUCAAGAGAAUGAAAGAACAGAGGUCCGCGUCACUGAGCGCGUGCUGGACAGGGACCCGCGCCGCGAUAUCUCAUAUCGGAUUGUUGAGCGUGACUACGAUCGCGAGCAAUCCCGCAACGAGAUUCGUGUCAUCGAGCGCGAGCGAGAGCCCAUCUACGCACCCUCUCCGACCGAUGGCGGCCGUGGAGUGCGAGAAUUCCGCUUCGAGCGCGAGCGGGACUGGAAUGCACCAGACGAGCGACCCUACGAGCUAGAACGAUAUAGCAGGAGCACCGAAUACUUUCAGCAACCACAGCCGAUUAUCAUUCGCGAGAGAGCUGCUGCUCCUAUCAUCAUCCGCGAAGAGCGCCGUGAGCCACAAAGGAUCAUCAUCAGACGGGAGGAGCCCCAGUACGAAUUCAUUGAGCGCAAGGAAGUCGAGGAGACCAAAGACGAGAGCAAAUCUUUGGUCAGGGCUGAGGAGCCGCAACCAACGCCUACACCGGUCACCGAGAAGCCAGAAGAAGACUACUUUUACGAGCGCAAGAUAAUUGAGCGACGUCGGCGUAGUGAGAGUUUCGACCGUCGCACUGAGAUUCGACCCCGUGACAGCGCUUCCCAGUAUAGUAGCGAUGAGAGCUACGAAUAUGUGCGACGCGAACGCACAUACGAGGAGAGUCGAUCCUCGUCACCACACCACAAGCGUAACAUCGCUGGCGGCGCACUUGCCGGUGCUGGUGUCGCCGAAAUCCUGCGGCAUCACCGAAAGAGUAAAGGCGAAGAGCCUGGCAGUAGAGGCCGCGAUGUCUUAAGCGGGGCUGCUGUCGGCGCUCUGGGCGCCGGAGCGCUGAGCCGAGUGCGUAGCAUGCGGCGAUCUUCGCCCUCCUCGCGUAGCCGUUCGCGAAGUGGGGAGCGCGAAUGGUGGGAGCGGGAACGCCACGAUCGCCGACGCCGAAGGUCUCAGUCUCGCUCUUGGGCGUUGACACCUGCCGAAAAGCUUGGUGGUCUCGCCGCUGUCGCCGCUGUAGCUGGAUUGGCAGGAUAUGCACUAAACAAAAACAAGAAGGAGACCGUCGUCAUCCAGGAGAAUGGGCCCCCGCCACGCAGAAGUCGAUCGCGCAAGCGAAGAGGCAGCUUGGACAGUUACCUCAAAGAGGAGACCAAGCAUGCGGACCCGGAACAUCGCAAUCGUCGCAUAGCUCAAGCUGGUCUGGUCUCGGCUGCUGUGGGCGCAGCCUUUGAACGAUACCGAUCCAAGAGCCGUGGCGGCCACCGUUCCAAGAGUCGAGUGAAGCAGGCGAUCCCGAUUGUCGCGUCUGGUCUCGGUGGUGCGGCGUUGGCCGGUCUCUACGAGAAGAACCAGGCCAACAAGGACGCCAAGAAAGAAGCCAUCAUUGAGGAUGAAUUAGACCGAGGACGUCGUCGCCGCUCUCGCAGCAGGUCUGUGGCUGCAUCGUACGACAGCCGCGCGCCACGCGGCAUGAUCAACGACCGCGCUCAUAGCGACAGCGAAUAUGGAUACUACAGUGACGACGAGCCAGGAGUCUAUCGCCGACGACCAGGCAGCGCCGGUAGUAGCCCAGAUAAUCGCGAUCGUCACCGCAGCAGAAGCCGCUCGCGAGCUCGACUUGCCCAAGCGGCCGGCGCCGCAGGCCUUGCCGGCAUUGCGGCUCAUGAGAUCGGAAAGCGACGAGAGCGUAGUCGCGCGGACAAACAACGCAAGCACGAAGACGACGAUCGCUACAACGAUGACCGCUACAGCGACCGGGGCCCAUAUAGCCCGCAGCCUGCGGGACACAAUCAAUACAGCGCGAAUCGUGAUCAGCAGCAGCAACAACAGCAAGACUACCCUGGCGGGCAUUACUUCCCUCCGCCACCGACCGACGACUACAGUAACUCACGUGAGGUGCCGGCGGGUGGAUCCGGCAAUGGCUUUGCUCCUUACAAUCCUGCUGAUUACGCGAAUCGAUCUAUCGAUCAGCCGAUCUAUGGCUCGGGUGCGUAUGGCGAGAGUACAGGUAAUUUGAAUACGCCCCGCCAGGAGAAUAAUUUUGGCGCUGGGCACUCCAACAACACCCAGGCACCCCGUGAUGAAAGAAGGGGCGUAGGCCGAGAGCCGCCCGAGAAUGUGAGUUCGCCUGAUGAUUUUGCGCGAUCGCGUCAAGACUAUGAUGACCGUGAUCAUCACCGUCACCGCCGCCGUCGGAGCGACGAGUCUCCGGAAAGUGAUGGUAUGAGUCCAAACAGGGGUGGUGAAGCACGCUCUCCUAGCCGAGUGCGCUUCGAUCUCGAUCAGAACACCGCGCACUUCCCUGAAGGAGGUCAUAGGCGUAGGGAGCGAAGGCAACACCAUGACGAUGAGCCUGCCGGCAAAGAGGCACCACCGCCGGCGGGUGGUGAUGAUCGAGAUUUAGACGAUGGUCAUCGAAGGAGGCGUCAUCGUCACAGACCUCGUGACGAGUCUGUCGAAGACGAGUCUAGUCGAGAUGAUCAGGCCGAGCGCGAUCGACGCCAACGCCAUCGCCAUCGUCAACACGAUGAAGGUGACGAGGAUGAUGGGCGCGAGCAUCGCCAUCGCCAUCGGGGGCAUCGCGACGAAGGUAGGGACAGCCCUCGUACGGAUGGUGCGGACGAGAGCAUCAUCGACAACAUCAAGAAUGGCACUGGCAUGACAGGAGGUCUGCUGAAGACUCUAGCGUCGCAUCUGGCCGACGGCGCGGAAAAGAUCGUCGAAGGAGGCGAGGAAGAAGGUGGCGAGGCGAAGAAGGAGAGCGAGGGAGAACAUGGGAAUGGCGGUGAUGGGAAGGACAAGCAAAAGAAGCGCAAAUGA